ACAGAGACGUGUGUGGCCAAUGCAUUUCCAAUAUAACAAAGCUCUUGUAUUUACUUCGAUUUUAUUGAUUGCCGGCAAGGCUCUUAAAGCUAUAGAUCCCAGCAAAUCCUUGGAAAGAGAAAUCGUUCGAAGAAGUAAAGCUGCCGAUAUGAAGGCAUGGCUGAAUACGAACAUCAAACCCUGUGACAAUUUCUACAAGUUUGCCUGCAACCAAUGGUCCCGAAUUCACCCAGCGGAGGUUAGAAAUGUUCCUAGGACAAAUAACUUUGAAGAAGUAAGCACAAGUCUGCAGCGUAGAAUCAAUCAAUUGCUGACCAAACCAGAAAGGGGUAGUGAAUUUGAAGAAAAAUUGCGUGAGUUCUAUAAAUCAUGCCUAGAAACGAAGGUUCAUAAAGAGGAAUAUUUGAAAGCUUUGCAAAAGUUGUAUGGUGCAUAUGGGGAGUUCUCCUUUGUCAAAGCAACUGGUGUGCAAGUGGAAAAGGAAACCUUCACCCCAGCGCCUAAAUUCAAUUGGUGGUCCCUUAUAGCCAAUUUGCAGAUGACCUAUGGCAAAUCGAUUCUAUUCGCAUUUGAUGUCGUGGCCGAUACUAAAAACCGCAAUAAAACCAUGCUGUACAUAGGACCUUCAAAUCUCCUAAUAAAUGAGCCCUACAUGAAGGGAACCCUUAUGGGUUAUCUAACGACAAUUUUCGGUGUGGAACAGAUGUUGGCCGAAAAAGUGGCAACGAGUAUUCUCGAUUUUGAAAUUGCCCUGCUUGAGGGCUCUAGUGAAUUGGCUUUGAAUACAACCCAACUGCCGCAGGAAGUCUUUGUUUUCGAUGAGCAAUACUUGGCAAAUGUCCUACAAGUCAUGGACAUAUAUGAUCCCAUUGUGGUGCAAGACUAUAUUUUGUGGGUUCUUUUGGAGGAGUAUCUAUUGGAUUUCUCAAUCCAAAAUUGGUCAGAGUUUUGUGGUGAAAAAACUAAAAAAUAUUUUGGCAAAUUUAUUAAUAAUCUGGUGUACAAGACUUUUCGCAGCGAGCAAUAUGAGGAGGAAUUAUUCACAUUAUGGCGGGAAAUCAAGGAUGUCUUUAGGGAGUCACUCAAUGGCACACAAUAUGUCUGGAUGUCUGCGGAAGUGAGAGAAGAAGCCCUGCACAAAUUAGAAGCCAUGACCCUUUCCAUUACUUCAUACGAAGAGGAAGAUUUUCCUGCCUUCUUCGGGGGACUUCAGAUAACCAAUCACACGUAUGUGGCCAACGUAGAGAAGAUUUUGAGAAAAAUCGAAAACCUUAGACCCAACAAAAUGACCAAACAACCAGCCAGCAUAGAUGCCACUGAGGAGAUGUCAUUUACACCGGUAUAUCAUCACUUUGAGAAUUCCAUAACAAUGCCUGUUGCUCUGCUGCAGCCUUUUUGGCUUUGGUCCCCCCUAUAUCCACAGGCCAUAAAAUACGCCACAUUGGGUUUCCUCUUGGCCCACGAAAUGAUACACGGGUUUGAUGAUAAGGGACGUCUAUAUGAUGCCCAUGGUCAACUGAAAAAUUGGUGGGAUGCCUCAAGUUCGCUGGAGUUUGAGCGUAGGCGUACCUGCUUUCAGCGCCAAUACUAUCGUUAUUUAUAUGAUGACGAUCGCUAUGAUAAGGAAAUGCCUCAAGCAGAAAAUAUUGCCGACAAUGUAGCCAUAAAAUUUUCCUUCGUCGCUUAUGAGAAAUGGUGGCAGAAAUCGAAGAAGCUUCAGUUUGAGGAAAAGGCGGCGGGAGAAGACUUUUCCAAUUUGGAUUACAACAUGUGGCAGCUAUUCUUUAUAAGUUUCUCCCAACUAUGGUGUAGUGAUACACAUCCUAAGUUCAGACAUAUGCAGGAUAUCCAUGCCCCAUCUGAGUAUAGGGUAAUUGGAGCUUUGUCUAAUUUUGAGAAAUUUUCAGAGAUUUUUCAAUGUAAGCUGGGCACCACAAUGCAUCCUGUGGUGAGAUGUGAAGUUUAUUGAGAACAACUAUUUGCACAUUUUUUUGUAAUUUUAUA